GGGCGGCCCCGCCCGGGCACGGCGUGGGCAGGCGUGAGGAGGGCGAAGUUUCUCCGCGGCGCCGGGCCCCUCGCAGGGACAGCGGGAAGGGAAGGACCUGGCCCCCGUGGUGCUGGGGGAGCUGACACCGCCGCCGCCAGCAGAGCAGCCCGGCUUUGGCCAUGAAGAGGAAACAGAAGAGGUUUCUGCAAAUGACGCUGCUCUUCACCGCGGCUCUGAUUUUCCUGCCUGACAUCGGCCUCUGGUCUCUCUACAAGGAGAAGCACCUGGUGAAGCCGCCCGAGCCCGCCGAGCCGCAGACACUUCCAUUGGGGCUGGGAGAUGGACAGCUCUUUACCUGGACUGAUGGCUUAAAAAGGAAGGACUGGCAUGAUUAUGAAAGCAUUCAAAAAGAUGCUAUGCGUUCAGGGAAAGGUGAACAUGGAAAGCCGUACCCUCUUACAGAGGAAGACCAUGAUGAUUCUGCUUAUAGGGAAAAUGGCUUCAACAUAUUUGUUAGCAACAAUAUAGCACUGGAACGAUCACUGCCAGACAUCCGACAUCCUAAGUAU